AUGUAUUCAGUCAAAUUACCUAAACUUGUCAGACAUUCAUUCGUUCGAUUUCACGCCUCAUUAGGACAAGGAAUUGGCCAAUAUUACAUCAAGCACUCAAACAUCUAUUGGUUACUUAUAACCGAAUUAAUAGAUUUGACCAAUCUGGCAAGUAUUCUCUUGGCUUCUCACACCAUGGCCGAGCCACAGCAAACACUUUAUGAAGCUAUCACUCAAAAUGACAUUGAUUCUGUGAGAAUUCAACUGGCAAACAAUGUCAACCCAAAUGUCUUCCCAAAUAACCCGACAAUUACACCACUCAUUUUAGCUGUGAUGCUAAAGUUCCUUGGCAUUGCAAAUGAACUAUUGAUGAAUGGAGCUGACGUGAAUGGGGUUGAUGAAUUUGGACGGACUGCGUUGCAUGUUGCAGUGGACAAUAAUGAUGAGGCUUCCAUCUCUAUUCUUAUUUCACAUAAUUGCAAUUUAGAAAAAUAUGACAACGAUGGUCUAACUCCUCUUACGUUGGCUGUGGAGAAAAAUAACAUCUACAUGGUUCGCUAUUUAGUUGCACAGGGAGCAAAGGUUUAUAAGUUUCUGCAUGAAAAUGAACUUUCACCUCUUCUUUAUGCUGCCUUCAUUGGCCGCGCGGAUAUCCUUCAAGUCUUGCUGAAUGUUGAAGAGACAGAUAGAGAGACGAAGAAAAUGGACAUGUUUUUCGCUCUCUGCAUGACGGUCGAGAAAGGCUACCUCUUGGCAGCAAAGCUCUUGAUUGAUUAUGGUGCACCAUUAGAUCGUUUGGAUGAAUUCCUUGGCAUUGCAAAUGAACUAUUGAUGAAUGGAGCUGACGUGAAUGGGGUUGAUGAAUUUGGACGGACUGCGUUGCAUGUUGCAGUGGACAAUAAUGAUGAGGCUUCCAUCUCUAUUCUUAUUUCACAUAAUUGCAAUUUAGAAAAAUAUGACAAUCUUGGUGCAACUCCUCUUGCAUUGGCUGUGGAGAAAAAUAACAUCUACAUGGUUCGCUAUUUAGUUGCACAGGGAGCAGUGGUUUAUAAGGAAGAGGUUGGAAUUGAACUCCCACCCCUCUCUUUUGCUGCUUGCCUUGGAUAUGCUGAUAUCCUUCAAUUCCUGCUG